AACAGCUCCCUCUAGCGGAACCUUUGAAACUUACAAUGCACGUGUUGAUUGGCUGCCGGAGGGUCGCUCAGUGAUGACGUCACUACGACAAAAAAAAUGUGAAAGUCCUCUAUGUGCUGGAGCUAGGAGCCUGUCAGUGCAGCGAUGAGUGUGGGCAGGAUACUGCGGCUGACCCGGGGGGCCCCAGCCUGGACACACAGGAGCUUCAGGACAUCCACAGCUUUACUGAAGCAGGAUGACUUCACCAAAAUUAUGUCCACUGAAAUAGAGAAGAUCCAUAAGAAGGUGAAGGACGCUCUACCGGGCAGUGAUUGGUCUCCAUUUAAACCCAUGGACCAUCUACCUCCAGAACACGCGGACAUUGUUAUCGUCGGGGGCGGGGUCAUGGGCUGGUCAGUCGCCUAUUGGCUGAAGAAAAUGCAGACCAAGAAAAAAGCGUUCAACGUCCUGGUGGUGGAGCGAGACCCGACCUAUUCUCACGCCUCCACCGUUCUCUCGGCAGGCGGCAUCCGGCAGCAAUUCUCCCGACCUGAGAACAUCCAGAUGUCUCUGUUUGGAGCACAAUUCCUGCGCAAUAUUAAUGAACACUUGGGAAUUAUAAAUGAAGACCCUGUAGACAUCCAGUUUAACCCCUCCGGAUACCUCUUCCUGUCCAGUGAGAAAGGAGCCGAGAUCCUGGAGGAAAACUACCGAGUCCAGAGAGAACAAGGAGCUAAAGUGACUCUGUUCUCCCCGGAUCAGCUCAAAAAGAAGUUUCCGUGGAUCAAUACGCAGGGUGUGGCGCUGGCGUCCUACGGUCUGGAGAACGAGGGCUGGUUCGAUCCUUGGCUGCUGCUCAGUGCUCUCCGGCGGAAGGCUCUCUCCAUGGGCGUCUUGCAUUGUCAUGGAGAGGUGACAGGAUUCGAUUGCGCCACGCAAGAAAUGGUAACAGUGAAUGGCGAUCCGGUGAACUUCAAAAGGAUUAGUCAAGUUGUUGUUCAAAUGCAGAACAGUUUGGAGACCCAGCCGGUUGAAUGUAUGGCAGUCAUCAACACCGCCGGCGCAUGGUCUUCCAAAGUGGCAGAGCUGGCUGGGAUCGGCUGCGGGAACCCGGGCACCCAUGAAGGGGUCAGACUUCCUAUAGAGCCUAGAAAAAGAUACAUCUACACGUUCCACUGCCCCAAUGGUCCUGGCUUGGACUGCCCCUUGAUGAUUGACAGCUCGGGGGCCUACUUCAGGAGGGAGGGGUUGGGGGGAAACUACAUUGGAGGCCUGUCUCCUCCAGAGGACGAAGAGCCGGAUAACAGUAAUCUGGAUGUGGACCACGAGUAUUUUAAUCAGAAAGUUUGGCCUCUCCUCGCACACAGAGUACCGGCGUUCGAGUCCUUGAAGGUGAAGUCGGCCUGGGCAGGGUAUUACGACUACAACACCUAUGACCAGAAUGGCGUCAUCGGGACUCACCCAAUGGUGCAGAAUCUUUACUUUGCAUGCGGGUUCAGCGGGCACGGUUUGCAGCAGGCUCCGGCUGUGGGGCGCGCGCUAGCAGAGUUAAUGAACCACAGCCGGUUUACAACGCUGGAUCUCAGCUCUUUCGGCUUCGAGCGUUUUAUAUUCCAAGAACCCGUCCUAGAGAGCAACAUCGUGUGAGAGGACGCACGAAAAACACGGAUUCUGCCGCGCUGCCAACUGGAGUCGGACGUGCCAAAAUAUUCACUCUGGACAAAGAUGGAGGCAGGACGACAAGGUCAUCGCCUCUCUCAGCCAUCACUACAGAUCACAGACCUCACAGAAGACAUUUAGGAAUGUAUUUAGAAUAAUUUGCUGUAAUUAAAGCGGAACUACCAAAAAAUUAUCCCCCCCAACCAUAGAUUGUUUUACCUACAUCCCCUCCCCAAAAGGUGUGGCUCUCCAGCUGUUGCAAAACCACAACUCCCAGCAUGCCCUGACAGCCGAAGGCUGUCAGGGCAUGCUGGGAGUUGUGGUUUUGCAAUAACCAGAAGACUAUAUGUUAGGGGAGGUACACUGGCCUGUGCCUAUAUCUAAGAACAUGCUCCUAUGACAACACCUCCUGCGCUCUCAGAUCUGUGCUGUCAUAGGACCGAUAGCAACCAGUCAGACCUCUCAUGUCCCUUUGCUACUUGGGACGAGAAGAUAUAAAUGCUGAAUUCUGAUUGGCUGCCAUGAUUGUCAUGGUAACGCUGAUAUGCCCGGAAGUGUUGUCAUAAGGAAUUUCUUUCACCUGAAGACAUGAAUAUUAUCUAUAAUUAAAAAAAACAUUUUAAUGGUGCUAUAAUUUUGGGUUAUUCCCCAUUCAGAAGACACACCUAGAGAUGAGCGAAUUUACAGUAAAUUCGAUUCGUCACGAACUUCUCGGCUCGGCGGUUGAUGGC